ACCGCCUAUCCUUGGUAAAGCGGCUCUCGGACUUGCUUAUCGGGUCCAUAUGUCCCACAUAUUUAUGAAUGUUUCAUUCAGCGAUUACUACUAUUACUACUACUACUAGUACCAUCUCGGCAUUGGUCGUAGUACCAUUAUUCACACCCAUUUAUUCAUCGAUACCCCGAUUUUUCAAGUUUUACAGAUUCUACAAAAGAAACAAAUCCGAGCUGGCAACCUCAUUCACCGCUGUUUAUAUUUGGAAAAGAUAGACCGGAUAGGGGAGAUCAGCUGCCCAUCAUGUUCGGAACUUUACACUGCAACUCGCCUACCAAGGAGGCAGAGUUUGUCGAGAGGCCAUAUGGAUCCCUCAACCCAGGAAUGAACUCAGCCUGUGACCGAUGCAGAGCAUACAAGGUCAAAUGCACUGUCAGUGGAAAAAGCUGCAGUCGAUGCCGGCGUUUAAAGAAGACAUGCAGUUUCACAUCAGUGAGGCAAAGAAGUAGCCAGCGAGUAUGCAAGACAGAGGUCAACUCCAAACGCCAGGAAUCCCAAUCAUCAGACAGGUCUGCCCAACCGCAGACAUCACCGAGCCCCAAAGACAGCGGAAACGAGGGAGAAGAUCAUAUAAAGCAACGAGGCUCUAUAUCAUUAGGCCAAAUAGACAAAAAUGACGGCAGCGAGAAGGGGGACCCACAGAUUCCAGAUUACACAUCACACCAGCUCUCUGAAGCGUCAUCAUCAUCAUCAUCAUCAUCAUCAUCAUCAUCAUCAACAACAUCCAGUCUACCAUUCCUCGCCGACUACGACCAACGAGAUAUGAGCGAGCAAAGAGACGAUCUCUGCACGUGUAGCAUCCUGCCCUUCCCAUUCUGUUCGUCAAGCGUACACUACAACAGCCCAGACGCCAUAGCACGGUCCAAUAUCGGAACUCCCCAGGCCCUUCCCACCCCCCCAGCCUCGAGAGACGAAACCCCACAACAACAGCUACCCAAUAGCCAACUACACGACCCACAGUUCGAGAUGGGCCCUAUCGACACGCAAUCCCUUGACAUCUCCGCCCUCGCAUCCUCAAUGUACUGGUCGCAAAGCUCGUUUGAAAAAACCUGUCAAUGCCUCGCCGACGUCAUCUUCGCCCUCGAAAAACUAGAAGCAAGCUGCAGUUCAGGAAGCAGAGCGGGACUCGACUCUAUUGUUGCCAAUCAAAAAGAAGCCACUGAGCUCUGCCGCUGCAUGCUUAAGUGCAGCAAUUGCAUGGCCAAGCGCGAAAACUUCGUCCUCAUUGUAUUCAUGAGUGAGCGUAUAGUCGUGGCAUGCAGUCGCAUCGUAACAAUGUACCGCAUGGAAGACGGUGGUCUGCGAAACAACACCCACAACCACACCGGCACUACUACGGUCACGCCCUCGCAGCUCGCCUGUCUACCCGGCCCGCAUCUCUCCGGCACAACGACCGACAUGGACAUGGAUAGCCAGUGCCUCGCAGCAGCUGCCGCAUCAGUGGCAGCCUCCUCGCCGUCUCGGCCUCCGACGUCGGGCUGGCAGCAACUGCUCCUCGGCGACUACAAGAUCAACUCAGCGCUCGAGUGGGACCAUCUCGUCCGCGCGCUCAUAAACUUUCAGCUCAGGGCUGUCAAAGCCCUACUUAGCGAUGUGAAAAGCAUAGGCACCAUGAUCCUGGGGGAUGCGCAGAAGGAGUCUUUAGCCCAUGCUGAAACAAUAGUCAACAAGUUAGAACAAGACAUUUACAUCAUCUAGCGUUCUUUGAAUUUUACGAAUCGCAGAUUAUUAUUCAUUAUUUUAUUACGUGU